AGAAGCGUCCGAGGGUUGGAGAGCAGCGAAGCGGAGCUCAGACCAGUGCUGCUGUAGAUAUAUAACUAACUAUAUAUAUAUAUAUAUAUAUAUAUAUAUAUAUAUAUAUAUAUAUAUAUAUGCUCUGCAGUUUCACACGCUGCGACCUCUGGAUUAAAAAAAAACACACACUGCUGUUUCCUCUCAUGUUUGACUGGGAGGAAGGAGGGAUGUGUGUACGUGUAUGUGUGUGCGCGCGCGCGCGCGUGUGUGUGUUUCUCUCUCUCAGAAGUUUUGGACGCGGAGUUGUGAAGAGUAGUUUUCUGCUGGGCUGCCUGAGUUAGCCUGGCUGCCCCGCUACGCUCCAUUCCUGCCCCUGGCCGGCAAGCCCCCCUCCCGCUAGCCGCUGUCCUGCUCUCCCUCCUCCCAGCCGCAGCGAAUCAUGGCGCUCAGAGCCCGGGCGCUGUACGACUUCAACUCGGAGAACCCCGGGGAGGUGUCGGUGAGGGAGAACGAGGUGCUGACUCUGCACAGCGAGCAGGACAUCGACGGCUGGUUCGAGGGAUCAAACAGCCGCGGGGAGAGGGGGCUGUUCCCCGCGUCCUAUGUGGAGGUCCUGCAGAACGACGUCGCCUCCGCGCUCAACAACAACAACAGCAGCGGCGGAACAUCUGGGGACACUUACCCGGACUCCCGGUACGCUAACAUCCCGCCGGCAGGCUUCGACGACUCGAAUAAGCAACCGAAUAAAGCCGAGAACUUUUCUAAACCACCCGCGCCCAGUGUCGCCACUUUAUCGGCCCCCACGCAGCAGCCGCAGCACACGUACCAGCAGCCCAGCCAGGGGAGCGACGACGACUGGGACGACGACUGGGACGACAGCUCGACGGUCGCAGACGAGCCGGGCACCGUGGGUGGAAGGUAUCACGACUUCGAGGGCAACGGGCCGUCCACUUACCGGGUGUCGACGUCCUGCGCGGCAAGGGGCAACGCGCAGCAAGCCAAGAGCUCCGCCACGGUCAGCAGGAACCUGAACCGCUUCUCCACCUUUGUGAAGUCCGGGGGGGAGGCGUUCGUGCUCGGCGAGGCGUCGGGCUUCGUGAAGGACGGUGACAAGAUCUGCGUGGUGCUGGGCCCGCACGGCCCCGAGUGGCAGGAGAACCCGUACCCGUUCGCAUGCACUAUUGACGACCCCACCAAGCAGACCAAGUUCAAGGGCAUGAAGAGCUACAUCUCCUAUAAGCUUACGCCCACGCACACGCAGACUCAGGUGAACCGCCGCUACAAGCACUUCGACUGGCUGUAUGCACGACUGGUGGAGAAGUUCCCCGUCAUCUCGGUGCCGCACAUCCCGGAGAAGCAGGCGACGGGGCGCUUCGAGGAGGACUUCAUCUCCAAGCGCAGGAAGGGCCUCACGUGGUGGAUGAACCACAUGACCAGCCACCCGGUGCUGGCGCGCUGCGACGUCUUCCAGCACUUCAUCCGCUGCAACAGCGCGGACGAGAAGGCCUGGAAGCUAGGCAAGCGGAAGGCGGAGAAGGACGAGAUGGUGGGGGCCAACUUCUUCCUCACCAUCAGCACCCCGGCGGCGCCGCUCGAUUUCCAGGAGGUCGAGAGCAAGAUCGACGGGUUCCGGGCCUUCACCAAGCGCAUGGACGACGGCGCGCUGCAGCUCAGCGCCACCGCCAACGAGUUCGCCCGCAAGCAGAUCGCCGGCUUCCGGAAGGAGUACCAGAAAGUGGGGCUGUCGUUCAAGGUGCUCGGCCAGGCCUUCGAGAUGGACCAGCAGGCGUACUCCGCGGGCCUCAACCAGGCCAUCGCCUUCACCGGCGACGCGUACGAUGCCGUCGGGGAGUACUUUGCCGAGCAGCCCAGCAAGGACCUGGACCCAAUCAUGGAUCUGUUGGCUCUCUACCAGGGACACCUGGCGAACUACCCAGACAUCAUCCACGUGCAGAAAGGAGCCCUGACGAAGGUGAAAGAGAGCCAGAAGCACGUGGAGGAGGGGAAGAUGGACCGGGCGCAGGCGGAAGGCAUCGACGAGCGCUGCAACAUCAUCUCCUGCGCCACGCUGGCUGAGAUCCAGCACUUCCACCAGAUCCGUGUGCGCGACUACAAGGCACAGAUGCAGCACUACCUGCAGCAGCAGAUUGCCUUCUUCCAGAAAAUCACGGGCAAGCUGGAGGAGGCCCUGCAGAAGUACGACGACGCAUAACUCGGGGGGGGAGACCUCGGCAAUCGAUGGCUGCGCACCCGGCCCUGUUUUGGCAAACAACCGCCAGUGCCACACAUACUGGUGAAACGCCGUUCAACCAGCUGCAGGGAGAGACAUUCUAGGGGAUGAUGCUCUGGUAAUAUCGGCAUUUCAACUGAAUCAUUGUUGUGCGUGUUGGCCACAUUAUUUGUUUUUUGGAGGGGGAGGGGCACACUGGAUGUUCUUGUUUAAGAGAGGACGUCUAAUUUAAUGAAGUAAGGCCAACUUGUAACUGAUGGCCGGUGGGGGGGAUUAAAUCCAAUCAGCGCUCAGAGCCUUGUGUCUGCUGCUGCGUACGCACACCAGCGUAAACUGACUGCCACUCCAGGAGCAAACACGCUGCCUUGUGAAAAAAAACUCUCUCUCUCCCAUCACCCAUCACCCAUCCCCCGCGGAGUCACCACUGUCUCGCUGUGCCUUCUGAUUACAUCUCCGGUCUUCUGUUUAUUCUUCUUCUUUUUACUAGCUACUAAAAAGCUUUAUAUACUGUAAAUGUAGAAAUAUAUUCUAUUUGUUUUUACAAAGCUACACAUUUUUGCAGGCUUGGUAGAAAUAUAAAAAUCAAAUGAAAAAUCCAAAGUCAAAAAUCAUGUUGCCACAUUGUUCGAUUGUGCGGUUUGUCUCCCUCCAAGUGGCCCCGGGAUUGAUUUUUACCACUCAGAGUGUGACUAAAUCAGGAUUAAGAGAGGAUUACCUGCUUCGACAAUAGGAGCCCGUGGCCUUACACGGGGCCCAGCCGGCACCGGUGCUUAUUUGAGGGUAUGAUGGUCAUACCUGAAUUUGUGUCGACACAACGUCAGUUUUUUUAGGCUUAGAUUGUUAGAGGCAGGCUGUUAUAAUAAUGCACUCUUUUUUAAUAGCACACUUCUAGACAGCACUGCUGUUUGUUUGUUUUAACCUUUUAUGAUGUUGGUCGCAUCGUAAAGAGAUUAGUAUAGAAGCAAAUAAAUUCCUCCUUCACAGACAUUUUUUUAUUUGGUCCUGUGUGAUGUGCUAAAAAUGUGAAGGGGUGUGUGUCAUGUCAGUGUUUGAUGCUAAGCUCGCGCCCUGUCGGCAGAUCUGCUGAUGGUGCACCAGCCCGGUCAGCCAUCUGGGACAUCUGGCCGCUGUUAAGAAGUGCCGGAGCAUAUGACAGCGUACAUGGAGUUAACAGGAAAAAGGUCAAAGAAUAGCUGGGUGAGGUUUUUUCAUGAGCUGUCAUCUCUUAUGACCGAGAUAACAACGUUCCCCUCGCACAAACAGUCUGACUUGUUAGAAAGAUUGUCGUCAACAGUUCUGCUCCAAACCAUAAUAAAUACUGAUUAAAAGAAAGGUGCAUUUGAAAUGGACUAUGAUACUACUUAGUGCUGUGAUAAAAAACAUUGGAGCUUCUUCAUGCGUAGUGAUGAUCGAAUAUCGGUACUAAAUUUCAAGGCAGAUAUUUGACAGUUGCCAAGAUGCAUUUCAUUAAAAAAAAAAAGACUUUCAUUUCACCCUCUCUGCAUGAUAAUUCUGGAUUCAAGCAGCAGACCGACCGGCGGACCGACCUGGCCAUCUGUAGACCACUCCACCGCUAGCAUACCUAAUGAUAUCCUGUCACGUGGGAACUAGAUCCACUUGGAAGCUCUCACCAACUCCAUCUCCUCUAUUUUUUGUAAUAGUUUUUUCCCCGACUUUCUUCACAAACUUGACAAGAUGCACACAGCCUCAGGCCUUCCGUCAAUACUGCCAACGCCCGGGGAAAUGGUUGCUCCCGUUCUCACAUUCGUUCACUUCCCCGCCGCAAGCUUGGGUUGUUCUGAAUUAUGUAUGUCGGGCGCACAACAUAGCUCAGAAAAAGAAUGUGGUUGAGAACAUUUUGGGGAUUUGCAAUUUAUGAUAAGAACAGUAUCGUGAAAAAACUGUCUUUUUAAGGCUUGUGCAAAAACAGACUGUGGUAAUUUUAGAGCAGCAACUCAAAAGAGAAACCACAAUCUAGCAUGCAGGAAACGACGGUGCUCUGUUUCCCUUGAGACAGAACCGUGUCAGCAGCCGACCACAUCCCACAGACACAGACGUACAGAGCAGCGCUGGAGAUACCUGCCAGAGCUGCAGUGUUUUGCAGGGCAGUGCCAUGAACUGAGCCGGACACAAGUGUGAUUGCUGAGGGGUGAAAAUGUCCAGGGCACAAGAGAGUGAGUGAUUUUGUUUUUAGGAUUUACUCAGGAAGGGUUUGCUGUCGAGGCAGUCGUAGCAUGUCAGCUCUCUUAAGAAACAUUGCAUGUCAAAAAAACCAUUAAAGGGCACUCAAGUCGGGUGCAGACCUCCGCCAGGCGAGUCUGCAUCAACCACU